GGCUUUAUAAAUUGAAGAAGUGUCAUCAAGCUUCAACCAAUUAUUAUGGGUUCAGCUCAGAUAUUCUUCUUAUUUUCAUUUCUACAGUUGCUAUUCCCCACACUUCCAUCACUAGAGGCAACCCCGCUAGAUAACACAAGACUAUUCAGAGAAUACAUAGGAGCUGAUGGCAAUAACGUACGAUUUUCAGACGUACCCAUUCAUCCCGAAGUCGAGCUCCACUUCAUCCUCUCCUUCGCCAUCGAUUACACGGCUUCAUCUUCUCCUUCUGCAACAAAUGAAAAAUUCAGAGUCUUUUGGGACGACCAAAUCCUAUCGCCUUCUUCUGUUUCUUCCAUCAAGGCCCAGCAUUCUAACAUCAAGUUCGCCCUCAGCCUCGGGGGCGAUACAGUAGGCAAACAAUUUGCAUACUUCAAACCUAAAUCCAUUACAUCUUGGGUUAAAAAUGCUUUCGAGUCCAUAUCGCGUAUAGUGAAGGAGUAUGAUUUAGAUGGGGUUGAUAUCGAUUAUGAACACUUCAAAGCACACCCCGAUGUAUUCACCGAGUGCAUAGGGAAACUCCUGCUCCGUCUCAAACAUCAGAAUGUCAUCUCAUUUGCAUCCAUUGCACCGUUCGACGACGACGCUGUCCAAUCACAUUACUUAGCUCUGUGGAGGAAGUAUGGAGAUCUAAUAGACUAUGUCAACUUCCAGUUCUAUGCCUAUGGAAAAGGGACCACAGUUUCUCAGUUUUUGAAUCAUUUUGAGACCCAAACCUCAAAUUAUCAAGGUGGUAAAGUUCUAGCAAGCUUUGCAACAGAUGGAAGUGGAGGUUUGACACCAGAAAAAGGGUUCUUCAAGGCAUGCAGAACCCUUCAAAGUAGGGGCAAACUUCAUGGCAUAUUUGUUUGGUCGGCAGAUGACUCAAAGAAGAACAAAUUUCACAAUGAGAUACAAGCACAAAACCUUUUGGCCAAUACAGACUGA